AUGUCCAUUUCCAAUUCUGCAGUUCGGCAAACUCGAAACAGAUCGCAUCAACAUUGGGCUAUAGACGAAUUUCUGUCGGUGCUCCCCCGACCUCUGCCCAUCAUUGUUUCUACCCCUUAUACUGGCAGCAACAACGGAAUUCCUCAAGCGAACUUCACACUUGUGAGACGCGAGGUCCAUUCGACUAUUGACCCCAAGGUGCUUGCUAGACCCCCCAUGAGAGGAUGGUAG